AGGCGUACCGCUCCUGCCGCCGUCAACUGUCACCAAAAGGGCCGCGUGGCACGCACCGCAGAUAACCACGUGUCCAAACCUAGCGUCACACAGCAGUCCGGGGAAAUAGCAGUAGUUGCAGAAGUGCUGGAGGAGCCUAGACACAACGGUGAGUGCUUCGAGAUCAUCGGCGCUGUUUGCGAGGCAGAAAAGGCAAACAACCAACCUGAAAAAUGAGAUGCACAGUAAGAACGAAGAAAACUCUCGUCUUUGGCAUUGGAGGGGGCAUGCUCGUAGUGGGAGUGUUCUUGGGAGGAUUCAUGAGCAUGAUAGUGGACAGUAUUUUAAAAUCUCAACUAGUUUUAUCUGAAGGUUCGACGAGCUACAACAACUGGAUAGAACUUCCCAUCCCGAUGUACAUGGAAUUCUACAUUUUCAAUGUUUCCAACGCAGAUGAGUACGAACAGGAUCCAACAAUUAAACCGAAUUUAGUGGAAAUGGGACCAUAUGUAUACAGGGAAUAUCAUAAAAGAAAUAUCACAGCCUGGAAUGAGAACGAAACGGUAACUUUUCAGAAUAUAAGAACAUGGUACUUUGAUGAAACAAAUUCUGUUGGCCCUGAAGAUGAUCUUGUCACAACUAUAAACGUCGUGCCUGCGGUUCUUAACUACAUGUCUCGUCACAUGAGUACUGGGAAAAAGCUGGUUGUUUCGUCACUUUUGGAUAUCACUAACGAAACAAUGUUUGUGACCAAAUCUGUGAGGGAAUUAAUGUUCGACGGAUACUUCGAUCUUCUGCUCAACUUUACAAAUGAGCUGUCAUUACCAAUUCCAUUUGAGGAGUUCGGAUACUUUGUUGAUAGGAAUGGCUCGGAAACUUACGAUGGUGUGUUCAACAUGUACACUGGCGCGAGCAAUCUAGACCUCUUGGGAACAGUGGCAAAUUGGAAUUAUAUGAAUGAAACUCCUUACUUUGAUUCGCCGUGCAACAAAAUCAGCGGUACCACAGGAGAACUUUGGGCGCCAAUCAAAAGCACAGCUGACGUUGGAAUAUUUGCUCCUGAUGUUUGUUCGACACUGAAGAUGAGGUACAGCGGCGAAGCGAAGAUCCACGGGCUGCGCGGCUACGGCUACCUGCUGUCGGAUGACGUGUUCAAUGCGAGCAGCACGGAGGGCGCGUGCUUCUGCCUGACGGGCAAAGACUGUGCGCCGGCGGGGCUCAUGAACGCGUCCGCCUGUCGCUUCAACGCGCCCGUCUUCGUCUCGAGGCCUCACUUCCUGCUCUCGGACCCCUCGCUGGGCGCUGCCGUCCAUGGGCUGCAGCCCGACCCGGACAAGCACAACUUCACGCUCGGCAUUGAACCGUUCACGGGAAUCCCCCUGUACGUGAACGCGCGUCUCAUGCUGAACGUCAUGCUGGAGCCUGUGGAGCUAGUUUCGUUCUACGAAAAGCUGCCCGGAAGAAUUUAUUUUCCGGCUUUCUGGUUUAAUCAGAAGGCAGUAUUAACAGAAGAUUUAGCUAUGCUGGCAAAGUUUAUUAAGAAUGCGCCUGCCCUCGGUAUGGGUCUUUUCUUUGGCAUGGCAGGCAUCGGCUUGAUAAUGGUGUUCGUCGGCGGAAUCUUGACGCUGCGCCAUGGAUGGAAAGAUUCGUAACUGGAGCAUUCCCCCGGAAUAAACUGCGCCUGGAGUCGCCGGUAUGACAUUUUGUGUCGGAUAUGACAAGUGCAGUGGACGAGGACUGUCUUGCUAAGUACGCCUCACGACGUGCAUACCAUCGAGCCACGGCUGUCGCUCCGGCGGCAUCAGAUUCAGCAGAAUCUGACAUAAGAAAGACAAGACUAGACAAAUACUUUUCUGAACGAAUUCUCAGUCCUGGUACAACCUAACACAGAGCCUGUGGUGUAUAUCACCUGCCUGAAGCUUCUUUUGUGAUUUUUAGGGGUUCUCAAAUGACUGCUUGAAGUUAUGCACUCGGGAGAGUCAGAUUUAAUGUCUGUUAUGCCACACAGUCUCAACCAGCCGUCGCUUCAUUACAGCAAACACUCGACUGCCCGUUGAAAAUUUGAUCCUGGGACUGAAUUUGACGCUGGUGUAGAUGCUUAAUGCUAAUUAAAAAGUAAAUAUACAA